GAGUCAUGCAUGAGGCAACAGACGAGAUUCGCAGGCACCGGUUCGGGGACGGCUUUGAGCGAACGCCACAGCAGGUGGCCAGUGCUUACUUCGGCGCCGCCUCCGCGUGGACCUACCGGCUGUCACCCCCGGGAUCCACCGCCCCCCAGGACGAAAGGGCACUCCGUUGCCUUGACACUGCGAUGGAGAGCUUGGGUGCCGCUGCAGCGGAGGCCGCCCAGCAGCAUCUGAACCGAAUGGUGAAGAGUCGAGCUCCUGGGCUUCUGCACUUGCCAGCGGAUCCGGAGAGCGGCGACCUGGAAAGCGAAGACGAUGAGCAGGCCGACUGCCCGCUCGCUGCGGAGGAGGCGUGGCGUCACCUCGUCCACUGUGGAUGUCGGAAGGUGGUGUUGCUUUUGGCGUUUGGGCCGACCGUGGUGCAGCUGGAUUUGAG